GAGCCUCGUGCGCCUGCUGUUGAGAGUAGGGUUAAUACCGACUGAAGGGGCGUGGUUUUGCUCAACGAUGACCGCCUCACUGUAGUCAACGGUACCAAAAAAAAAAAAACACGCAACAAAAUGCACAGCCCUGGCAGGUCCGACAGCUAGUGCCUCUUGCUGCCCACGCUGGACAGCUCCCGCUUCCUGGAGGACGACGCGUUGGUGAACGUGCGCGGGCAGCUCUCCCCUCUUCCACCGGAGGAAAUUAGUUGGCGAUCUUGCUGAUCUGAAGAAGGAGGUGCGACCUGAAAUGACUGGUGUUUGUUUGAGCGUCCCUCUUCUGCCUGCCUCGCCUCCACCACUGAACCCGGGGGGGAGCUCGCAGUGCAGGGGCGCAUGAGGCAGCAGCAGCAGCAGCAGCAGCAGCUGAGAGGGUCUGGGAUCGGAUCUGUGGGUGAAGUGAGCACAGCCUGGCUGGGAUCACCAGGAUCGCGGACUGCCUUACGUAACGGAGCUUUGUGCCGGACUGGCAGGGAAACUGCUGGUGCCGAGCUGUUUAAUUGCAGAGAGGAAACGCAGGUGAACAGAGAGGAGCACAAUCACAAGCUUGUCCAUCCACUCAGCAUGAUCGGUGAAGGCGCCGCCUCCCGUCACAAGUGAGCACGUCGAGAUGAACGAGUGUCGCAGGCAUGAUGGAGGGGCCGUUACCGUGGAGGCCGACGUCAUCCUCCACGCCGUGAACCCUGACCUUGUCACGCCUUCUGACAACGAUGGGGAUUUGUGUCCAGGUUACGUCCAAGGAUUCCCGCAGGACAACCAGGAUUUUAGCCCCCCUCCAGUGUUUGAGAAGGAAUACCUGCUGGACGGUAUGCUGAUGGAGAAUAACCACAUCGGCCACCAGAAAGGCGACGUCCCGUACAUCUCGAGGGCGGCUCAGUAUCACCGCUCCAAUGAUAAUGGAGGUCCGCAACAAAACUGUGAAAUCCACAAUGGCGCCAGAGCGAAAGUGUCUCUCAAUGCAAAUUCCCCAGUUGGCCUGCCUGGCCAAGCCGAACAGGAAAGAGAUUGGUCAGUCCUAAAAUUGAACCUCGAGCGCAGGGACGGCAGCCAGGGAGCUGGAAAGUCCCCAAAAGAGCCUGAUUUAGUCAUCGAAGUCGGCGGGCAGAAGAUCAACGCUCACAAGGCCGUCCUGGCGGAGAAGAGUGACUACUUCAAAGCACGGCUGUCACGCGACAUCUUGAAAGUGAAGGGAGUGAGUUACAAGACUAUGUCUACAUUAAUCGACUAUAUUUACACUUCUCAGAUGAAUGUUUGCAAGGGCAAUGUCGUGGAAGUCAUCACGGGGGCCAAAAUCCUCCAGAUCCCCUGCGCCGUCCAGGCAGCCAUGGACUCCAUGUCCGAGCAAAUCACCGCGGAGAACUGCUACGAGAUCCUGACCAUCGCCAAAAAGCAGCGACUUAGCGAACUGAAGGAGACCGCCUAUGGCUUCAUGAGCGACAACUUCCUCCAGGUCCUCAAAGACCCCGCUGCGUACGGGCGCCUGAACGGGUCCGAGCGGGAUCUGAUCCUGAAGAAGAGAAUGGAGGGGAGGAAGACUCUGAUGGUGGCGGAGAUAAACGAUGUGUUCGAUCGCGUUGGGAGCCGGCCGCCGAGCCGCUGCGGCAGCCGACCGCAGAGCCCUUUGUCGGUUGGGUCUUUGGAGGAGAGUCAUAUGAUUUACUGCUUCAACGAAACCGCAAAUGACUGGAGACCUUUAACUGCGAUGCCCGAGGACAUAAACACUAAAGGAUGCGGGAUCUGCACAAUGUAUAACUACCUGUUUGUGGCAGGGGGGAUAAAGGGCUACGGGGACAAGGGCAAGGUUUCAGACAAGGUCUUCUGUUACAACCCCAUAACCAACCGCUGGGCCGAGGUCCGACCUCUGACCCAAGCUCGUGCCCAGCUCAAGCUCGUGUCCAUGGAUGGCUACUUGUACGCCAUUGGAGGGGAAUGUUUGUUUACAGUAGAAAAAUACGACCCUCGCAUGGACCGCUGGACCGCCGUGGCCCCUUUGCCCAAGGGAGCCUUCGCGGUGGCCCACGAGGCCACCACCUGCAGCGGAGAACUGUACGUGUCAGGGGGCUCCCUCUUCUACCGCCUUCUGAAGUACGACACCAAGCGGGACGAGUGGCAGGAGUGCCCCUUCAACAACAGCAGGAAGAAGUCCACCGACAUGGUGCCGUUCAAGAGCUUCAUCUACCGCUUUGACGUCAACCGCGAGCAGGGGAUCACCGUGUUCAAGUACAACAGCAUCGUGAAGAUGUGGCAUGACUGCGCAGCGCAGAGGCUCGGAAGUCAUUUGCCCUUCAGGUGUGCCGUGAUCGGGAACUGCAUCUACUGUGUGAACAAAAGCCAGACUCUUCAGUUUGUGGUGGAGGAGGAGAACGCCUACUUUGUUGAGGAGGCCCUGAGGGCGCCUCUGGAGGCAAAAGGUGUUCUGUUUCCUUUUGUUCUCACUUUGCCUGACAAGCCUGAGAAAGUGACAUAGUGUGUGUGUGCGUGUCUGCGCGCGUGUGUGUGUGUGUGCGUGUGCGUGUGUGUUCCAGACCAACAAAAUAAAUGCGUAAUAGCAAAACUGGAAUAAGCAGAAGACCUUAUAUACAUUCUUCAAUGUCAGCUUUCUAUCUCAGUGUCUCAUUGCUUGCUUGCAAUGGAAUGUGUGUAUUUGCAUGGCAAUUUAAUGUGUCUGCAGGGUUAAGCCUUAAUAAGGAUUUUGUUUUUGUUUUUUGAGUUGAAUGAAUAAUAAUUGUAUCUGACUGUAGAUAAUGACAUGCUGACAGUGACUAGGUUAUUUUGUGCACUUUUUUGAAUAGAAUAGAUAUUAUUUAGAACAUAUUAACUCGUUGACUGGUGACAAGUGUUUUGUUGAAAGUUGUAUAAAGAAAAAAAGAACGGAAGCAGUCGUAGUGCGCCUUAUGAACGAUGCAACACAGGUUCUAUGCAAAGGAGACAGAAUAGACCGGUGUGUCUGCUGUAAUGCUAUUUAAUAUUUACUAUAAUGGGAAUCUGACUUGGAAGGAAUACAAAAAUUCCUCGAUCUAAGGCUGUAACUAAUGAUUAUUUUCAGCAUUUCUUUGUGACUUAUUGUUUGGUCAAGAAAAUGUCAGAUAAUAAUGAAAUGAUACACCCCAAGGAGAUGCAUUUGAAUGUUUUAUACAACCAACAGUUCAAAACCCAAAGAUAUUUUGGUUUUAUUAUUAUAUAUUAUAAAAGAGAGCUUCAGAUCCUCACAUUUGAGAAACUGAAAACAGCAAAUGUUUGCCAUUUUUCCUUGAGGUAACGAAUCAAAAGUAGUUGCAGAAACAGUCUUCAAGAGGCUUCAGGCUUACAAAAAACAAAAUUGGAAACUGAACUUUAAGUUUUAUGAGUACAUAUAUUCACAUUUGCAUUCAGAAUAUGCUAUUUUGCUGAUAGAGCAUACUCUACUCACAUGUGUCACAGGUCCUACAUUUAGCACACUUGCCAAAGAUAAAGAACUAUCAAAACUGACAAAGUCUUUUGCAUCUUUUGUGGAUUAAGUUCCUUAUAAAAAGCGCUCCACUGACAGCACCAGAGUUGAGUUAUAAACCGAAAGUAAUCGGUGGUUUUCUGAGAGGAAGGGCAUCACGUUAGCUGCUAACAGUCACUGUCUGGGAAGUUGAAGGAAAGUAAGCCAUUUAGAACACAUAAAGAUGCAAAUAUGCUCUUGUAUUUCUCUCCCUGUUAGUGUUUAAGGAGACAGCAAAAGGACACAUGUUCAAGUGCUAGCAGGUUUCCUUUUCCUCCCUGUUUAGGUCAAAGGUGAACUCCACCACUACAGUGCUGGAACAUGGUCAGGGUCGUGGCCCUCACUGCGUCCACAAACAAGACAACCCUGCUGUCAUGACACUAACAAAUGUUCUUUUUGCAUCAGUGCACAUAAUACCAUUUUUUUUCUUGUCUAAAUUUCCUUCUUUUAGACAUUUCACAGUAUCUCUUUGCUGCUGCAACAACACAUUUCAAUGGAAGCUAAAGGUAGUUACACUCUUGGAAUAAAUUGCUUUUGAUAACUUUUUUUUAGGAAUGUCUCCAGGCAGGACAAAAUGGAUGUGGUUUUGAUAUUUCGCUGGCCGGCAUCUGUAUUUUUGUGAAUUAUUUUGUCUGUAUGGAUUUGCUGCUGCUGUGAUGGACAGUAAAGUGAUGCAAUGUUCGGCUUCCUGUUCAAGGCAUAUGGAGUGGGCUAACACACUAGCUGUUGGAUAAUGUAUAUCAGUCAGAAAUAAGUGCUUCAAAUAAAAUAUUUUGUGUCUGAA